GUACCAAGUGCAUUUUUUUUAUUUAAAAGAGAAUGUUGUACAAGAGCUUUAAAUGUCCUCUAUGUUUACCCUAGGAAAACAAUAAUAAAUCCCAAUGCACACCUGAGUUAUCUCUGAAAUCUAAAUUUAAAAUCACACCUAAAACAAGGAAGUUAAAAUGUGACAAGGAAAUUUAACAAACAUCAAGUCAAGAACUCGUUAUAUUCUAACCAUGGACUGGAAACUAUUGACUGUUGUCUUUGCUCAUAUUCUAGGUUUGUCCACUGUGUCUGGUUCCUGCUACUAUAACUCGUAUACUUCCAAGUACUACUGUUACUAUGACUAUAGUAGCUACGAUUAUUACUACAGAUACUACUACAGUAACUACUCCUAUACACUGGGUGUCGGUGCUAUCCUUGGUAUCAUAUUUGGCUCCCUCGCUGGAUUGGCCACAUUGAUUGGACUUAUUGUCUGCUUGUGUGUAUGCGUAUGCAGAAAAACCUCACCGAAUCAAGGCACAGUUCUUUAUUACAAUCCCAACACAAAUGCAGGAGCAACUGUGUUGCAAACUACCCAAACAUCGAUACAACCUUACACUCAGCAAGGGUUUUACUCACCCUAUCCUGUGCAGAUGCAGCCAUCUGGGCAGGCAACUGGGCAAAGUGGAGCAAUUUCUGGUGCUUUACCUCCUCAGUACAGUCCACCUGAACAGUCUACCGAAAAUGAAAAUUCGACACAGAAAUACUAGAGAAAUAUCGAUUAAUGGGCUGCUACAUCAUCGACAUUCUGCAUUAUAAUUGUUACCUGGUAAAGACCAGCUUUCACUUAUCUUUACUCUGUUCUUUUCUCUGUUUGUUAAUAUAUUAUUUUUGUUAACAAUCUCCAAUUAUUGUUAAAUUAUUUGUAAAUGCUGUUUUUGAAACGCUUCUCAAAGAGGAAUACUUUUUUUAUAAAUACUUUGAUGACUGA